AUGAAACCCCAUAUUUUCUGCUUAAUCGCCCUAUUCUUUCUCUCAGUUUUAUUCUCAGUAUCUAAUUGUCAAGAUGAUGAGAAUUACAGAAAGUGCAUCACUCCUUUUAGCUAUGGAAACUUAAUGCAUCUUAGCUACCCAUUCUGGAGCGACGAUCGUCCCGAAAUUUAUGGUCAUGAAGGAUUCAAGCUUACUAAUUGCACCGAAGCUCAGGUGCCCAUUAUUACCAUACAAAACGAAGAAUUUCGCGUUGUAUCGGUAAAUCAGUCAGGGAGUUUGAUGACGAUAGCGAGGGAAGAUUACUGGGAAGAUAUAUGCCCUGACAAUUUCGCAAACACCACACUCAAUCAAACUCUCUUCACUUUCUCCCAACCAUUUCCAAAUAUUAGUUUAUUUUAUAACUGCAACUACCAGCCCCCGAGCAUGAAGCAAAUCAUAUUCCCAUGCUAUUCUCGGAAUUCGUUCUACGCAACGGAUGAUAUUUUGAGAGGGUGGGGAAUCGACCGGCCGGAGUGCGAGCAAAGAGUAAAUAUUCCGAUUCUGAUGGAUGAUCUCAGAGAAAUUUGGAGUGGAGUGGAAGCUUUGGAGGACGUAUUGAGACGAGGGUUCAAUGUGGUUUACGAGUAUCAUGAGAAGUGCCAGGAAUGCCAAGUUACCAUACAAAACCAAUUCAGCCAAAUCAAACCAAAUAUUACAGUUUCAAAGGCUAUUGGUUUUACAUUAGUUUUAAAAAUUAAAGUAUUUUAA